CGAACCCGGAACCGCCCGCGCGCUCGAACCUGGAACCGCCCGCGCGCCCGAACCCGGAACCGAACCCGCGCCCGUGCCACACGUGCCUGACUCUCCCGCGUGCAAGCGCGCCGCGCCGUGUGUUCCGCGUAGCCGAGCCGCGUCCCCUCCCUGUAGCAAGCCGAGCCGCACGCGAAGUCCCCAUACCGAGCCGAGCCGCGUCCGCACCAAGCCGAGCCGGUCCUGCCUUCUUCCAGCCGAGCCGCCAAGCCUGUUUUGGCUCCUUCCACCUAAAUUUUUGGUAAUUUCCAAAUUCCCUAGCCUGCCCAGUAAUUAAAUGAGUUAAUUUGGAAAUUUAAUUAAUUUAAUUACUUUCCUCAAGAAGCAAAUUGGACCAAAUAGCUGCUGCAGCUUAGGACUUCCUCAGUAGGAACUCAUCUAGCAACAUCUCGAGGUAGAGGACGAGGUAAGGGCAAAGGCAAGCUGGCGAGCGACGUGAAGUGACCGUGGCGAGCCAUAGGGGUUUUCCUGCUUCCGCACAUGUUUUACUUUACAGUUAAAUUCAUGUUUCGGCUUUCUGCAUAUUUACUUUGGUUAUUUUUGUAGAUAGGGCCCGCUUAGGGAUUUUAAACUUAACUCGUAUUUCUACAUGUUACUUUAACUAUCUUUCAUAAAUAAAUUUGCUAGAUUUCUUUGCAUUUAUUUACACCAGAUUUUAUGACUUAAACACUGAUCCUAGAUUUAGUAACCACUUCGAUUCAGCAUAAAGAGUCGGGUCGUUACAGUUGGUAUCAGAGCGCAGUGUUUUAGGUCCUGUAGACUGACUUAUGAUGUAAGUCAUUUUGUUUUGAUUUUUACCUCACCCUAUGGCUAUACGGUCCUUCGUCACUCGCCAGGUAUGCCUAAAGCUUUACAAAUAUUAAGAUUAUAAUGUUGCCUGAUUAGAUUAGACUUAGAGUGAGAAUAUUGAGCUCUAGUGGUGAAAAAUUUGUUGGUGAAUUUAGGAAGAAUGCCGCCACGUAGAGGUGCACGCCGAGGGGGUGGCAGGGGAGGCAGAGGAGCCGGUCGUGGCCAACCGGCGGAGCAACCUGCCGCGCCGCCAGUCAACCCCGACGUACCAGUCAACCCUAAUGCACCGGUCACUCAGGCGGAUCUCGCCGCAAUGGAGCAGCGUUACCAGGCCAUGCUGCAAGCUGCUCUAGCGCCGUUCCUCGCUGCUCAGCAGAACCAGGCCGCCCCUGUUCAGGACCAGCCUGUAGUCCCUCCAGCCCCUGUUCAGGACCAGCCCGUCAUCCCUCCAGCCCCGGUGGAAGCUCAGCCGGUGCCAGUACAACUGUCAGCUGAGGCCAAGCACUUGAGGGAUUUUAGGAAGUACAACCCGAAGACUUUCGACGGAUCCUUGGACAACCCCUUUAGAGCCCAGCUGUGGUUGACAUCCAUAGAGACGAUCUUCAGGUACAUGAAGUGCCCAGAAGACCAGAAGGUGCAGUGUGCAGCUUUCUGUUUGGAGGAUAGGGGGACUGCCUGGUGGGAGACUGCUGAGAGGGCGCUGGGAGGAGAUGCCAGCAAGAUCACAUGGGAGCAAUUCAGGGAGAGCUUUUAUGCUAAGUUCUUCUCUGCCAACGUGAAGCACGCCAAGCUCCAAGAAUUCCUAAACUUGGAGCAAGGCAAACUGAGCGUGGAACAGUAUGAUGCCGAGUUCGACCUGUUGUCCCGUUUUGCCCCUGAUGUGGUAAGGGAUGAGGCCGCCAGGACUGAGAGAUUUGUUAAUGGCCUCAGGUUAGACCUCCAGGGUUUUGUACGAGCUCUUCGACCAACCACUCAUGCGGAUGCUCUACGCAUAGCACUGGAUCUGAGCCUGCAUGAGAGAGCUGGUCAAUCUAAGGUUGUCGGCACAGGGUCAGCCUCGGGACAGAAGAGGAAGGCGGAGGCGCAGCCCGACGUAGUACCACAGCAGACUCCGAGGUCAGGAGGUGUCUUCCAGAGACACCGUCGGGAGCUGGCAGCAGCUGGGAGAACUUUGAGAGAGCUACCCACUUGUACUACCUGUGGGAAGGUCCAUGGAGGACAAUGUUUAGCUGGGAGUGGAGUCUGCUUCAGGUGCAGGCAGCCGGGGCACACUGCUGAUGCGUGUCCUCGGAAACCCUUAGAGGCGACGCCACGUCAGCCUUCUGCUCCCCAGCAGGGGAGAGUCUUUGCCACGAACCGGCAGGAGGCCGAGCGAGCUAGUACGGUGGUGACAGGUAGAGGACGAGGUAAGGGCAAAGGCAAGCUGGCGAGCGACGUGAAGUGACCGUGGCGAGCCAUAGGGGUUUUCCUGCUUCCGCACAUGUUUUACUUUACAGUUAAAUUCAUGUUUCGGCUUUCUGCAUAUUUACUUUGGUUAUUUUUGUAGAUAGGGCCCGCUUAGGGAUUUUAAACUUAACUCGUAUUUCUACAUGUUACUUUAACUAUCUUUCAUAAAUAAAUUUGCUAGAUUUCUUUGCAUUUAUUUACACCA